AAGGUUUUGGCAAAGAAAGGAAGCAGCUAGCUAGCUAGAUAUUAGACUGUAAGUUUUGUGGGUCUUUAGAUAUUAUUGUUUAAGUAGUUAUGAUGACAUUAGAAUUUAACAUAUUAAUUUGAAUCUAUUAUGUUUUUUGGGGUUUGUUAGACGUGUUAGAUAUUACAGGACGCGAAAUAAGGAUGUGUUUGUCUUAGCUUAGCUAAGUGUGUACCUGUAAAGGUGAGCUAGCCAGCAGUAUGGCAUGAGAUCAUAGGCAUGAGACAUGACUUCAGGUUUAGGAUGUCAAGAUUGCUGAGGCUGAAAGUGCUCAGAGUGUGUUAGUUAAGGUGAGUUAGUUGCUCGAGCUAGCCAGGCUAAUAAGUGUCAGGACUAAGUGUGAGUGAUUGUGUUCAGACUGGAUGUCAUGGUUACUUCCUGGAGCCAUGUCCUGUAAAUCCAAAGUAGCUCCCAGUGUGGAUUUCGACCACAGCUGCUCAGACAGUGUGGAAUAUCUCACCCUUAACUUCGGGCCUUUCGAGACAGUACAUCGCUGGAGAAGACUUCCACCCUGUGAUGAGUUUGUUGGUGCAAGACGCAGCAAGCACACAGUUGUAGCUUACAGAGAUGCCAUCUAUGUGUUCGGAGGAGAUAACGGGAAGAACAUGCUCAAUGACCUGCUACGCUUCGACGUGAAGGACUGCUCGUGGUGUCGGGCGUUUACCACCGGGACUCCGCCCGCCCCCCGAUAUCACCACUCCGCUGUAGUGUAUGGAAGCAGCAUGUUUGUGUUUGGUGGCUAUACAGGAGAUAUCUAUUCAAACUCCAACCUUAAAAACAAAAACGAUCUGUUCGAGUACAAGUUUGCCACGGGGCAGUGGACGGAGUGGAAGGUGGAGGGAAGGUUAGUAGCGCGUUCCGCUCACGGGGCCACGGUGUAUAACGAUAAGCUGUGGAUCUUUGCUGGUUAUGAUGGAAAUGCAAGGCUGAAUGACAUGUGGACUAUCGGGCUGCAGGAUCGGGAGCAGGCUUGUUGGGAGGAGAUCGAGCAGAGCGGCGAGAUUCCCCCGUCCUGUUGUAACUUCCCGGUAGCCGUGUGCCGCGACAAGAUGUUCGUCUUCUCCGGCCAGAGUGGAGCCAAAAUCACCAACAACCUUUUCCAGUUUGAGUUUAACGGUCACAUGUGGACCCGUAUCCCCACAGAGCAUUUACUCAGAGGUUCCCCGCCGCCACCGCAGAGGCGUUAUGGCCACACCAUGGUAGCAUUCGACCGCCACCUGUACGUGUUUGGUGGAGCGGCGGAUAACACACUGCCUAACGAGCUGCACUGCUAUGAUGUGGACUCUCAGACCUGGGAGGUGAUUCAGCCCAGCGCGGACAGUGAGAUGCCUAGCGGGAGACUGUUCCACGCAGCAGCAGUGAUCCACGAUGCCAUGUACAUUUUCGGGGGAACGGUCGACAACAACGUUCGCAGUGGAGAGAUGUACAGGUUUCAGUUCUCUUGUUAUCCGAAGUGCACCCUUCAUGAAGACUACGGAAAGCUGUGGGAAAACAGACAGUUCUGCGAUGUGGAGUUUAUCCUAGGAGAGAGGGAGGAGAGGGUUCUGGGCCAUAUCGCCAUAGUAACAGCACGAUGUCAGUGGCUAAGGAAGAAGAUACUCCAGGCCAGAGAUCGACAGAAACAAAGGAGUAAGCAUGAGGCUGGCGAGGACAGCGAUGAGUCUGGAGCAGGCAGACAGAAGGACAGCUUAAGCACUGCGAGGCCAUCAGGGGGUCCUCCCAUGUUGGAGGUGUCUAUCAGAGAAGCCGAGGCUCAGCCGUUUGAAGUGCUGAUGCAGUUCCUGUACACAGAUAAGAUCCAGUAUCCACGCCGAGGCCAUGUUCAAGAUGUCCUGUUGAUCAUGGACGUAUAUAAACUUGCCCUGAGUUUCAAGCUUUCGCGGCUGGAGCAGCUGUGUGUGCAGUACAUCGAGGCCUCGGUUGACCUGCAGAACGUCCUCAGUGUGUGCGAGAAUGCAAACAAACUGCAGCUCGACCAGCUCAAGGAGCAUUGCCUGAACUUUGUGGUGAAGGAGACUCACUUUAAUCAGGUGAUUAUGACCAAGGAGUUCGAGCAUCUUUCCACUCCUCUCAUCGUGGAGAUCGUGAGACGCAAACAGCAGCCCCCUCCCAGGGUCUACUCUGAUCAGCCGGUCGAUAUCGGUACGUCUCUGGUCCAGGACAUGAAGGCUUACCUGGAAGGGGCGGGGCUGGAAUUUUGUGACAUCAUCCUGCUGUUGGACGGCCAUCCUCGGCCAGCACAUAAAGCUAUCCUGGCAGCCCGCUCUAGCUAUUUCGAGGCGAUGUUCCGCUCGUUCAUGCCCGAAGAUGGACAGGUGAACAUCUCCAUAGGGGAAAUGGUGCCGAGCAAACAGGCCUUCGACUCCAUGCUGCGCUACGUGUAUUACGGAGACGUCAACAUGCCUCCAGAGGACUCGCUGUAUUUGUUUGCAGCCCCGUAUUAUUACGGUUUCUCGAACAACAGGCUGCAGGCUUACUGCAAGCAGAACCUGGAGAUGAACGUCACUGUGGAGAACGUCCUGCAGAUCCUUGAGGCCGCGGAUAAGACUCAGGCUCUGGACAUGAAGAAGCACUGUCUGCAUAUUAUAGUGCACCAGUUUAUCAAGGUGUCCAAGCUCCCCAACCUACGAUCGCUCAGCCAGCCGCUGCUGUUGGACAUCAUAGAGUCCCUGGCAUCACACAUAUCAGAUAAACAGUGUGCUGAGAUGAGCUCCGAUAUAUAGGCAUGUCUCCUGGUCUGGUCUCGUCUCGUCUCUUCUCACCUCACCUGUUUAUUUAUUCAUCUCAUGCAGUGUCUCUGUCGUUUCUCCCUUCCUCUCUUCCACCCCCACCUCGCUUGCUUCGUUUUUCCUCUAACAACUUGAAUCUGUGGAAAACUCUAUGCAUGGUUUACUUCCUGACAGAUGCACAGUAUUAACACGUUCAUUUUGUAACAUGCUAACUGGUUUAAAGAAUCCCUGAACAACUAAUUAAAUAUAUUUUAAUCUAUGUUUAGGUAAGAAAAAAAUGUCCUUCUGUAAAUUCUGAAAACUCGAAUUACAUUAUGUUAAUUCCUGUAAUUAUAAAAAUGCAAAUUGGAAAGACCUGACGCUGUGAUUAUUGGCAAAUAACUGUGGUAUAAGUGAAGUAAAACACUAUGGGGCAUGUUGUUCUAAGAGAAUAAUCAACUUUCACGCAGAUUAGAUUAUUGUCCAAUAACACCAUGCCAUUCCAUAUACUAUAUGGCCAACAGUUUGUGCGCAACUGUCAGUAAUACCUACAUCCUUCCCAAAGUUCGAAGCUCACAGUUGUAUAGAAUAUGUUUGCGUUGCAGUUUCCCUUCACUUGCACUCAAAACAUUUUUGACAUGACAAUGCAUCCAUGCACAAACCAAGAUGAGCAGGAGACUAUUUGAUUAAAACCUGAUUGAGCUCAGGUAUGCACUUGUAGCUGAACGAAUACAAAUUAUGACAUCCAUGUGAAAAGCCUUCUAAGAAGAGUGGAGUUUAUUAUAAGAGCCAAUAAUGACUAAGUCUGACAGAACUUCAAAGAGUACAGUAAAUAUGGGUGUGAUGGUCAGCUGUCCACAAAUUGCUGCCAUAUAUUGUAGUGUAGCUCCUAUGACUGACUGCUUCGAUACACUAGUACCUUUCAGGCAUCUUAUCAUUUGCAUAUCAGACCUGUUUGGUACAAUUCACUUCUGACAUUACAAUCUGAGUGACUUUUUCUUUCUUUCUUUCUUUCUCUCUUUCUCACUAUUUUAGUGCAUUAUAAAAAACACAUUAAACAAGCCAGUUUUGUUUUCAAGUUCAGGGGUUCUUUAAAAUAAUUCUUUACAAACUUAAAACAAAACUUGUAUACUUAUCAUAAUGCCAAAUACAUAAAUGAUUAUAACCGACAACUGUUUAAUAUCAAUAACUUUAACACUCUCUUUACACAUUAAUCAGUCCUAUUAAGUGCUUUGAAUCUGUGAAUGUUUUCUAUACUGCAAAUGUAAAUAUUAUAUCCUGAGAUUUAUUUAUUCCUAAAAUAUACUUUUUUCCACUUCUAAAUGUUUCUGCUUGCAGUUAUAUGACUUUAACUUAAAUAAAUAUGUACAGCUUCACAAUUCUGGUACUGUAUGAUUUGUAUAUUAACUGCAGAGACCUUAAGUAGACUUUAGUGUAUCUGGAUAACUUCCUUAAUAAAAGUUUAACCAUUUCA